AUGGCAGACUCACCUGCCUCGGACAAGAUCGAGUCCUCUGUUCCAACAAAAAUCCCAUUCUGGCGCAUGGUAUUUGACCAAGGUGUCGUCACGCAAGAGAUCAUUGAUCACCCAUACCCCGGUUCAGGAACGGAAGAGGACCCUUAUGCAGUAACAUGGAUUCCCAACGAUCCCCGCAAUCCUAUGAACUUCAGCGAGGUGAGGAAAUGGACUCUUACCAUGAUGGUGGCCGUCGCAACAUUGGCCGUUUCACUGGUUUCGUCUGCCUAUACCGGCGGUCUUCGAGAGAUCAUGAUGCAGUUUGACAUUGGGCAAGAAGUUGCCACUCUCGGUGUCUCGCUUUUCGUUCUCGGUUUCGCGAUCGGACCAUUGCUCUGGGCUCCACUGAGUGAGCUGUUUGGCCGCCAACUCCUGUUCGUUACUACCUAUGCUGCUCUCACAGCUUUCAAUGCCGGUGUCGCAGGUUCGCAAAAUGCCUGGUCCAUUAUCAUUUUCCGAUUCUUGGCUGGUUCCUUUGGUUCCUCGCCUUUGACCAACGCCGGUGGUGUCAUUGCGGACAUGUUCCCCGCUCAGCAGCGUGGUAUCGCUAUGAGUUUGUUCGCCGCUGCACCUUUCCUUGGCCCGAUUAUCGGCCCCAUUGCGGGUGGAUUCAUCGGUAUGAGUGACGGCGGCUGGCGAUGGGUCAUGGGUUUCCUUGCCGUCUUUUCUGGUACGGUCUGGAUCAUUGGUGGUCUGUUGAUCCCCGAAACCUAUGCGCCGGUGCUUCUCCGUCGCCGUGCGGAGAGACUCUCCAAGUUGUCGGGCAAUGUCUACCAGAGUAAGCUUGAUAUCGACCAAGGUAGACCUUCUCUCAAGGAGUCUUUCAAAGUAUCACUCUCCCGUCCUUGGGUUCUUUUAUUCCAGGAGCCUAUCGUGUUCUUGCUAUCUCUCUACAUGGCUAUUGUUUACGGUACCUUGUACAUGAUGUUCGCCGCCUUCCCUAUUGUUUACCAGCAGUACCGCGGCUGGAACCAGGGUGUUGGUGGCCUCGCCUUCCUCGGUAUUAUGAUUGGCAUGUUGUUUGCCGUCGCUUACUCCGUCUGGGACAACAAGCGCUAUAUCGGGGUAUCCAACAAACACCAGGGCUUCGCACCCCCGGAGGCACGUCUGCCGCCUUGCCUCCUCGCAUCCGUUGCAAUCCCAAUCGGCCUAUUCUGGUUCGCGUGGACCAAUUACCCCUCAAUCCACUUCAUGGCCAGCAUCGCAGCCGGUGUUCCCUUUGGCUUUGGGAUGGUCCUAGUCUUCCUCAGCAUCAUGAACUAUCUCAUUGAUUCCUACACCAUCUUCGCCGCCUCCGUGCUGGCUGCCAACUCUGUUAUCCGUUCCCUCUUCGGUGCCGCUUUCCCUCUCUUCACUAGCUACAUGUAUGAGAACCUGGGUAUCCACUGGGCAUCAUCGAUCCCAGCCUUCCUAGCGCUGGCCUGCGUGCCCUUCCCAUUCUUGUUCUACAAGUACGGACCCGCGAUCCGCACCCGUUGCAAGUUCGCCGCCCAGUCCGAGGCUUUCAUGCGCAAGAUUCAGGAGCAGGUUACAGCGCCACCGGCAGAGGAGAAGGUGGAGUACGACCGCACAGAGGCUGCACCCGAAGGCUCACUCUCCAGUGAGUCCCAAGACGGUGCGGAGGAACUCCCUGAGACGCAACGCACUCGCAGCCAUGCGCAAUCUGUCGCUUCCAACCGCACUGGUGGCUCAUUGUCUCGCUCGGCUACCUACGAAGGAAACCCCUACGAUAUUGACCUCGUUCACACUCGGGACUCCUUCAAGCAAUAA